AAACGAUGAAUUAGACUCGUUCUCACAUUGAUUUUGAUCUGUUGCGCCCAUUAUAUUCAGCUUGCUUCAAGAUUCAAGGGCGGUGACCUCUGAUUUCUUACGAAUGGUGAACAACGCAUGGUUUUGUAAUAGUCAGUGUGGCGAAAUAUAGCAUAGCGGAUUUAAUUGUGCUUGUGGUAUGGCUCUUUGAUCGAAGUUACGGAACAGUGAGUUCCUUCCCUUUAGGAUAUUACUGUGGUUACCAUAUUCCGAUAAAUGCUCAAUUAUCCACAAACAUGGACACAAGGCUUCAUGUGAGGUCUGUCGAUUAACAUUUGAGAGAAGGGCAACUUUAAUUAAGUUAACUUUAUAUCUGGUGACAACCAAAAUCGCUUUCCUGCCGAUGUUUAUCGUCUUGUUGAUGUCUAUACUAAGGCGGUAAUGACGAAUGUUCAAUGUUACAAUAACAAAACGUUUGAACCAACAUUAGAAUCGGAGAAAAAUUCCCAUAAGUUAUGGAUCAGCCAGACGGAGAAUAAUGAUAUACCAAAGUGGCAACAGGUGACGUUAUCAUGGCAUGACGUCACUGUGUCCUCUUUAUCCAGACAUGGAUGUUGUAGGAAACGGGGGAAUUCUUCCCGCAAACUUCUCCUGAAUAAAGUAUGUGGUGAAAUCAGGCCUGGAAAACUUGUAGCCAUCAUGGGAGCAAGCGGCGCCGGGAAAACAACUCUGAUGAAUGUUCUAACUUUCCGAAAUGUACAUUCCCUAUCUAUUGACGGAGACAUAAAAAUAAACAACCGAACUGUAAACAAAGAGGAUAUGAACAACAUGUCAGCUUAUUUACAACAGGAAGAUCUAUUUUUAGGAACAAUGACCGUGCGGGAACACCUUAUAUUUAGGGCAUGUUUACAAAUGGAUGCAGAUUCUAAAGCUAGAGAAAGAAAAGUAGACGAAGUGAUAGGCGAGCUGGGAUUGUCCAAAUGUGCCGACUCCAUUAUAGACAUGCCAUAUUCUAAUCAAAGAAUAUCAGGAGGGGAAAGAAAAAGGUUGUCCUUCGCCGCAGAGCUAUUGAUGAAACCUCCAUUGAUGUUCUGUGACGAACCAACUUCCGGUUUAGAUUCCUUCAUGGCGUCAAGCGUCAUUCAGAGCUUGAAGAUGCUGGUGCAUAAAGGUCACACGGUUUUAUGCACUAUCCAUCAGCCUUCUUCCGAAGUAUUUGCUCUUUUUGACGAAAUUUACCUUCUGGCCGAGGGACACUGUGUUUUUACUGGAUACACAAUGCAUGGCUUGGACUUUUUUAAAAAACAUGGCUACCCUUGCCCAGUAAACUACAACCCUGCUGACCAUUUUAUCCUUACUUUGGCAAUGGUUCCUGGACACGAACAGGCAUGUAAUGCAAAAAUACAGAAAUUACGGAAAGAGUUUGAAAAAGCCAAGACACUUCAACUUGAAAAUGGGAAACAAAACUCAACAGAUUCCAAUAUUAUUUGCAACGGGUUGACGACAUUACCAAAUCUACCUGGAAGAAGUGGUAUUCCUAAUAUAAAAACUAUAAAGAAUAAAGAAUCCUUACCAAGAUAUCAAGCACCAUUCUUUAAACAGUUACAUCAUCUUCUUUGGAGAAGUUGGAUCACUAAUAUUCGCAACCCAACCUUGGUGAAAAUUAAGAUUGCUGAAUCUAUACUGUUUGCUGUUAUACUUGGACUCUUUUAUUUGAAGACGGACAAUGAUUACAAACAAGAUGACGUCAUGAACAUUAAUGGAUGCAUUUUCUUUGCCAUAGUGUCAUUAAGCUUGGACACUAUUCUACCUAUCUUAAAUGUUUUUCCAUGUGAAGUUCCCGUGUUUGUAAGAGAAUAUGGGUGUAAAUUAUACAGGGUAGAUGUGUAUUAUCUCAGCAAAAUUAUGGUCGAGAUUCCCUUCCUGAUCAUAACUCCGACCAUAUUCAUGUCUAUUCUGUACUGGAUGAGCGGUUUUGUAUAUGAAGUGAUAAAAUUUAUCACAGCUAUUGGGAUAUCCAUACUGGUUGCGAACACAGCAGCUGGAUUUGGAUAUGUCAUAUCUGCCAGUGCUCCCUCUAUCACAGCAGCUUUAGCUAUAGCCCCGUUGUUAAUCAUGCCUUUGAUGAUGAAUGGCGGAUUUUUCUUGAAUAGUAGGACUGUACCUGAUUACUUCCUGUGGUUAAAAUAUUCCUCAUGGUUCAUGUACAGCAACGAGUUAAUGAUUGUAAAUCAGUGGACCAAUGUUCAUCAUAUAGGGUGCAAUAACAAUGCAACAUGCAUUUCAAAUGGAAGUCUAGUCAUUGAAAAUUUAGGAUAUCGUAAGGGCAACCAAAUCCCGGACUGGAUAUGUUUAGCCGCUUUAGCAGUGGCAUUCAGAAUAAUUUCAUUUUUGAUUUUAUUUAUCAAAGCAAAAUUAUCAACGUAACAAUAAA